AUGCCCCGCUCGGACGAGGCAGCGGCAUUCUUCCACGCCGUCUACUGCGCGGUGCAGGAGAUCCCGCACGGCAAGGUCACGAGCUACGGACACAUCGCGAAACUGGUCGGCACGCCCCAGCGCCCCCGCCAGGUCGGCGUCUGCCUGAAGCACCUCCCCCAGGAUGCCGGCGCGAGAUUCAACCACAACAAUGUCCCCUGGCAGAGGGUGAUCAACUCCAAGGGGAUGAUAUCUCCCAGGUCACGGCCCUCGGGGACGCAGAACCAGGCUGCUGCUCUACGGGCCGAGGGCGUGACGGUCACGGCUACGGCGUUGGGGGAGCUUACGGUGGACUUUGAUGAGUUUGGGUGGUUUCCUGGUGAAUUGCCUUCUGAGGCUGGGGGUGAUGAUGGUUUGGAUGAGGAUGAGGAGUGA